AUGGCCACUACUAAGGCGGACUAUCUUGUUAUCGGUGCUGGCCCGGCCGGUCUCGCAGCUGCCGGAUUCAUUGCAAAGGCGUCGUCCCCAACAGCGCCGUCGACGCCCAGCUCCAGCAGUGUGUCGUUGCACAAGGUCCUGCGCUGCCCGUCUCCGCAGCGGCGCCGCCAGGCGGAGGCACGCUCUGGGCAGAUCCUCGACACAUUUUACUGCCGGGCAUUGCACAGCGACCCGAGCAGCUGUUCGCCGUUAUGGCCAGACACCGUCGGACGGCACUCGUUCCGGCAGGUGUUGGGAGAACCCGAGAUCAGUGCCCGGCUUGGUGCAGAGUUUCUGGCCCGCACACUCCUCAGAGACGUGACGGACCAAGACCUGGAGCAGUUGCUGCAAGCCGACCGAAGCGGCCGCUGA